AGUAAGUGCAGGGUGUAUUUAUUUCUGAGGUACGACCGUCCAAUCAACGACACCAAAAGGCACAUAUUAGUUCGUGAUUGAUCGAGACUCCUUGCGCUACAACAUGCUCGCAGGAAAGUUCACUUUUUUCGCCCCUGUCGAGCAUCAUGCAGAACUUCAAAAAUACUUUCUCGCUCCGCGACCGUGAACAAAUUAUGGCGACCCUCGUCCGGUCCAGUUAUAUAGUUCACGAGUUUGCUCAGCCGUGCAAUGUGUCGGUCGUCGCUCCCUCGCAUUAAGUUUCUUCCUUCGUUUCACAUGUAAUGGCUGAACUCGACGAUCGCUUCGUCAAGCGCGGGUACUGGGUUGACUGGAGCAAAGGUCCGGUCAUGGGCCAGACGUAUACCGUCGACGCCCAGACUGGCACACUCAUCGUUGCAGUCCUUACCAUCCUGGCGUCAGUAGCAACAGCGCAGUUGUGGAGUCUGCUCACAUUCGUGCUCCACCAGGUUCGCGCGCACGGAAUGGGUUCAGAAGGACUGUUCUGGCAGCAACAGGCUCUCCUCCGGACGAUGCCAACACCAGCCGCGUUUCUGGCAGACUCUUUCAAGUUGUCCUGGGCUUGGAGGUCGAGGGUCAGUCAUUCCGUGCUGCGGUCGCUUCCGGUUCUGGCAUUCGCUCUUUUCUUUACGAUUGGAUCGAUCGCUGGUGGGAUCUCUACAAGUUAUGCGGUCGAUAACUCGAAUAUUGAAGUACUGCCUGCCCCUUGCCCUUGGAACGAAACCAUGUGCAGUGGCGAGGGCUCAAACGCGAUAGUUAUGGAUUCUGGUGUCCUGGACAUGAGGAUGCAUUUUGGUCUGAACAUUGCGGAGAAGGACACUGUAAAGCUUCGUCGAAGGACGACUUGCAAUGUUUUGCCGCGAGAAGGUCAUAUAUUCAAGAGACCUGCAGAGUAUCUGAAUCGUGGGAACCCUGCCGAACGGUGGACACUCGAGUAUGGCUCCUGGAAAGGCGUGCCCGAGUAUCAGCGUCCUGAAGUCACAUUCAACGUGCCAUCUGUUCUUGUUGAACAUCAGAUGUCGUACUACACAACUGCCAUGAUGUCCUACAUCCACAGCGAUUCUGUUAGCGGCUUCAUCACUCCCCUCCCAGAAAUGAACCGCUCAGACGCAGACGUCGCCCUCAUCUCCGUGUGGUCCAAUGCCGUCGUCUACGAAAAGCCCGUCGAGGACCCUCUCUUCGCAGCACACCGUGUCGAAGAGCGCCAACAAUCGUCCGGCAAAAACAAAACACUCUACUGGUCCGAUCACUACGCUGGGUUAGUCGGUUGUGCUCAACAAAUACAGUUCUGCUACCCUCGCGCCGACCAAGAAGACUUCUGCACGCCCCUCGGCCCCGGCCCCGCCCCCGACACACCCACAACCUCGUACCCCUCCGCUACACCCCUCCAAUCCUCCCUCCUCACCCUCCUACAAUCAAUCUCGCGCAUCACAGACCUAAAUCGCAGUCCACAACUCGGCAACCUACGCGCCAGCAAAUCCAUCAUGCCGACGAUACCGGGCGACAGGAUGCUCUGCCAGGCGUUGAGGAUGCGGAAGGCGGGUGGGUUUGCGAACGUGAAUGUGUUUGCGCUUGUGUUUUUGACGACUGUCGCUGCGGUUGUGACGUUUCUCAAUGUUUUCAUCCUGAGAUUUUGUAUUUUCUUGUCGAGGUUUCGCAGGGCGCUUGCACCGCGGAUUGAGCGGUGGGUGCAGGAUGGGGUGUUUCACUUGCAGAGGAGGGCGUUUGAAGCAAGGGGUGAGGGAACGUGGGUGGAUUUGGAGAAGGAGAUUCCGGUUACGAGGGUUAGGGAGAUGUUGGGUGACUUGGGUGUCGCAUCACAUACCUUGAAAGAGGAAAAGAGCGUGGGGAGCUUUGAGACAGGGGAGUCGAGCGGAGACAGAGGGAAGAGAAAGGUUGUCAGGGAAGAGGGAUAUGAGAUGAAGGAAGAUGUUGAGUGGAGAAGGUUCAGAGUGAGUGUUGGGCGGGUGGAUACAAGUGCUACCCUCGUGGAUGGUGAUGCGGGAGCAGACGAAAUAGAGAAGAACGGGAAGGGUGGGAAAUUGUAGCCCUCAGAUCUGUCUGAUUGAGGAUGGAACAAGCUUCGGGUUUUGACGCCAAACUUGACGGCCUUGCAACCUGCCCUGAUGCAAGGAAUAUCAAUUUGAACAGCGUUGAGCGUAGCCAUGUAAUCAAGACGUGAACGGUGGGUAGCGAGCAGCCGAUAAUGUGAC